AACAAAGCAUCUACGUCUAUUUUUUGAUCUCGCCCCGUCCCAGCUCAUAGGGUAGCGUUCAGCACCUAGUUAUUUUAAUUAUUUUUAAAGGUCUGAACUAUCCAACAAUUUGCAUUAUGUGUAAUGUAUAUAUCCGAAAUAGUGGGUAAUUUUCAAUGCUAGAGCCUGGCAACGCUACAAGAGCGCUCCUUCUUUACUGAAUGAAUCAAUGCACUUUGGCAUACGUUAGUUCAUUUCUGAACUCAUUUUCCUCAAAAUUCUUAUUGCAGCUUCGGUUCAAAGCCUGCCCCAUCCUCUCUACCCCAUUUAGCUGACUUUAAAAUCGUUAGGCUGGCUCCUCGUUCCCGAAACCCGAAGGCAGUUUUCUCUCCGUCUCUGCUUUGGGCAAGCCGAAUUGGAAAACAGCGGUGUCUGGGUGGAGGAAAAGGUGCGUCCCACCCACUCGGGGGUGCGGAAAACAACAGCCUAAACUUCUCUCAGGGGAUUAAGGAGGGGCGGGUUCCAACCCAAAGGGUCAAUCCCAACGCCUGAGGUGUGGCACAGCGCACUCUCUGCAGUCAGAAUCUAACUAAAUCCACGCUCUAACAUCCGUUCCCCGGUGACGUCACGUUUCCGGACUCCUGAUUGGAGGAGCGCGUUAGCUCAAUUAUCGCGAUGACUCCUCCUCCAGGUCCUCUUGCUUCCAUCCCUUCGCAGCGACCCGGUGGUAGUCGAUAGCAGACCACGUUGACAGUCACCAAGACACCGGAGAACUGUACCAGCUUCCGGGACUAAUCUAGACGGCCGCGACUCUUCGCAGACGCCCACGGGCACGAGGUUUGGCUCUCAGGCGUCCUGUUUGCCAGAUCCUCCACGGCGCGUGACUCCCCUGCGCGGCCACUUUGUUAGAGCCACCAGGACUACUGUUCUAUUUAAAAUGGUCGUAAAGAAGAAGAAAGAAAUGCAAGUUAUUGCAUUGACCAUUUGUCAUCAGGACCUUGAAACUUUGAGAUCUCUGGCUGAUGUGGAAGGGAAAAAUCUAGCUUCUUUGCUGUUAAACUGCGUACAACUCACUGAUGGAGUAUCACAAAUUCAUUAUGUUAAACAGAUUGUGCCUUUACUGGAAAAGGCAGAUAAAAAUGGCACGUACGAUCCUACUAUUAGAAGUUGCUUGGAUAUUUUAGCAGGCAUGUAUCUUUCUUUGAGUGUAAAGAAUCCCUUGAAGAAAGUCUUGGCAAGCUCACUAGAUUGUCUACCAGAAUUUUUUUUAACUGAAGCCAUACAAAGUUUUACUUCUCGUCUUCAUGAAGAAUUGAACACUACUGACCUAUACUCUUAUAGGAAAGUGAUUGACAAUAUAUCUUCCUGUAUGGAGAACUUUAACUUAGGUAUAACGAGUGUCAAUAAUCUUCUUAAAAAUGCACUUCAUUUUCUGCAGAGGAGUUUAAUUGAAAUCUCAGAAGAAAAUAGAAAAUUUGCUGGGAAUCAUAUUGUUCAAACGCAGUUGAUGAAUGACUUGUUGGUAGGCAUGAGAGUUUCAGUAAUGUUAGUACAGAAAGCACAAGGCCUCCAGAGAAUUCAUUUGAAGAUUUCCAGUUCUCCCACAUGGCAGAGUAUGUGUGGACUUCUGAGUAUUUUCGCCAAGUUUUUAAGUGAUGAUAAUCUCUUACAGACAAUUCAGAGUACAUCUGGGUUGACUGUUAUUCUUUUUAUUAAAGCUAUGUUUCAUCCACCUGAAAAGAUUCCUAAUUUGAUUAGCAGUUUGCUUCUUCGUUCAGUGGACUGCACGAGCAUCCCCGAGUGGUUUUUGAACUGCUGUAGGAGCCUUUGUUGUGCUGAUGUCUCCGAGUCAGCUCUUUUAUUCCUGUGUCAGGGGACACUCACCAUGUUGGACUGGCAGAAUGGGGGGAUGGGCCCAAGUGGGGAGGCCCUGCUCUUGGAUACUGUGCACGUUUUGUUCACCUUGAGUUCACAGAUCAAGGAAUCAACUCUGGAAAUGUUUCUGUCUAGAAUUUUGGCAUCUUGGACUAAUUCGGCCAUAUAUGUCCUGCAAUCAAGUUCCUCAAGCCUAAAGGACAGUCUGAAUGGGAAUUCAAGCAUAGUUAGAAAACUUUUGGAAUAUGUCUAUACCCACUGGGAACAUCCAUUGGAUGCUUUGAGACACCAAACCAAAAUCAUAUUCAGAAAUAUUCUCCAAAUACACCAGCUCACUGUAGGAGAGUCAGGUUUAGAAGAGUCAAAUUUGGCUGCUGAUCGUUUCAUUUUUGAACUGACUGAGAGUCUUCUGCAAUUAGAAUGGCAUAUUAAAGGAAAAUACAUAUGCCUUGGCUGUUUAGUAGAUUGCAUAGGAGUUAAACAUAUUCUGGCAUUAGCUAAAACUAUUCCAUCACAAAUCUUAGAAGUGAUGGGGGACCAGUCACUAGUACCUUAUGCAAGUGACCUCUUAGAAACCAUGUUUAAAAAUCAUAAAAGUCAUUUGAAAGCUCAGGCUGUGGACAGUGCUUGGAUUGAUGAGUGGCAUGAGACUUGGGUUUCUCCUCUCCUUUACAUCCUGUGUGAAGGAACUCUGGAUCAAAAAUCUUAUGUGAUUGAUUAUUACUUGCCAAAAUUAUUGAAUUGCAACCCUGAAAGCUUAAGCUACAUGGUACAGAUUCUUCAGGCAUCUGCUGAUGCUAAAACUGGGUCUUAUAGUAGUAGAGGGGCUCUGGGAGCAUUGAUGGCAUGUCUACGAACAGCUAGAGCUCAUGGACAUCUUCAGUCUGCAACUGAUGCCUGGGGGAAUCUUGUGUCCAGUGCAAAAAUAAAGCAGGGCUUAAUUCAUCAGCACUGCCAAGUACGGAUAGAUACAUUAGGCUUGCUUUGUGAAAGUAAUCGAAGCACAGAAAUCGUUUCCACAGAAGAAAUGCAGUGGAUUCAAUUCUUUAUCACAUACAAUCUUAACAGCCAGUCUCCAGGAGUUCGGCAACAGAUUUGUUCUCUUCUUAAAAAGUUGUUUUGUAGGAUACGGGAAAGUUCUCAGGUACUUUUUAAACUGGAGCGAAGUAAAUCUAAACAUGAACCAGAAAAUGAGUUAACCAGACAACACCCAUCUGUUUCUUUACAGCAAUAUAAGAAUUUCAUGUCAUCCAUUUGCAACAGUCUUUUUGAAGCAUUGUUUCCUGGCUCUUCCUAUCCAACUAGAUUUUCAGCUUUAACCAUUUUAGGCUCAAUAGCUGAAAUUUUUCCUGUCCCAGAAGGUCAAGUCCAAACCGUGUAUCAGCUGAAUCAUGAUAUUGAUGUUGGUCGUUUCCAAACACUAAUGGAGUGUUUUACCAGCACUUUCGAAACAGUGAAAAUUUUAGCAUUUGAUCUUCUCAUGAAGUUACCAAAAACAGUUGUACAGUUUCAGGAUUCAGAGAAACUGCAAGGCUUAUUCCAAGCAGCACUGGUGCUCAGCACCAGCAGCAAACAAUAUCCUAGGGCUGGGGGUUCUGAAUGCGGAUGGUUCUUAAUCUGGCGGAAUGCUCUGCCGUCAUCUCUGUCUGCCUACUUAAAAACUUAUCAGGUUGCAUGUGGAGAUGGAGAUAAAUCUGCUUCUGUGGUGGAAAGUAACACAUUAAUGGUUAUCAAAUGCUUGUUGGAAAAUCUUGAGGAGGAAAUAUCUCAGGCUGAAAAUUCUCUGCUUCAGGCAGCAGCAUCAUUCCCAAUGUAUGGACGAGUUCACUGCAUAACAAGAGCUUUGCAGAAGUUACCUCUAAACAGCCUGCAGUUGGUGAGUGAAUGGAGACCUGUAGUGGAGAAGCUCCUUUUGAUGUCCUACAGGCUUUCUGCUGUGGUGUCUCCGGUCAUUCAGAGCUCUUCUCCAGAAGGCCUUAUCCCAAUGGACACUGAUUCAGAGUCAGCAAACCGCUUACAGACGAUUCUGAGUGAGAUUCAACCACGAGAUACUAAUGAUUACUUCAAUCAAGCCAAAAUAUUGAAAGAAUGUGAUAGCUUUGAUUUGGAGGACUUGAAGGCCAGUGUAUCGAAUAUUGAUACUUCUGCAGAAAUCAAAGGUAAAGAAGGAAAAACAUGUGAUGUAACUGCUCAGAUGGUGCUGGUAUGCUGUUGGAGAAGUAUGAAGGAAGUUGCUUUACUUUUAGGCACACUGUGCCAGCUUCUACCAAUGCAGUCUGUGCCAGAAUCUCCUGAUGGAUUAUUGACGGUGGAGCAGGUAAAAGAAAUAGGAGCUCACUUUAAAAAACACCUUUUACAGUCCAGGCACAGAGGAGCAUUUGAACUAGCUUACACUGGCUUUGUGAAACUCACUGAAAUACUAAACAGAUGCCCUAAUGUGAGUCUGCAGAAGCUACCAGAACAGUGGUUAUGGAAUGUUUUAGAGGAAAUUAAAUACAGUGAUCCUUCGUCUAAACUUUGUGCUACAAGGCGCAGUGCUGGUAUUCCUUUCUACAUACAGGCACUAUUGGCAUCAGAACCUAAGAAAGGCAAAAUGGAUUUGUUGAAAAUAACAAUGAAAGAGUUAAUCUCUUUGGCCAGGCCUAUGGAUGACUCGCAGAGCACAGUCUCCCAGGUUCAUGCUUUAAAUAUCCUUAGAGCCUUGUUCAGAGAUACACGUCUGGGAGAAAAUAUUAUUCCUUAUGUUGCCGAUGGAGCUAAGGCUGCAAUUCUGGGCUUUACGUCACCAGUCUGGGCAGUGAGAAAUUCAUCCACACUUCUCUUCAGUACCUUGAUCACAAGAAUAUUUGGAGUUAAAAGGGGAAAGGAUGAACUUUUCAAAAAGAAUACAAUGACAGGGAGUGAAUUUUUCUCUCGUUUCCCAGAACUCUAUCCUUUUCUUCUCAAACAGUUAGAAGCUGUAGCCAAUACUGUGGACAGUGAUGUAGGCGAACUAAACCAUCAUCCAAGCAUGUUUCUCUUACUUUUGGUGUUGGGGAGACUCUACCCUUCCCCGAUGGAUGGCACCUGUUCUGCUCUCAGCAUGGCACCCUUUAUUCCCUUCAUUAUGAGAUGUGGUCACUCACCUGUCUACCGCUCCCGUGAAAUGGCAGCUCGUGCCCUGGUCCCAUUUGUUAUGAUAGACGAAAUUCCUGAUACCAUCCGAGCUCUGUUGGCCAAACUCCCCAACUGCACUGACCAGUGUUUCCGGCAAAACCAUAUUCAUGGGACACUUCUCCAGGUUUUUCAUUUGUUACAAGCCUUCUCAGACUCCAGAUACAGAAUGAAUGCAUACUUUAAGCAGGAGCUGGCUGACGUUGCAGCUUGUACCAAAGCCAAAGUCUGGCUGGCCAAGAGGCAAAAUCCCUGUUUGGUGACCAGAGCUGUAUAUAUUGAUAUUCUCUUCCUGUUGACUCGCUGCCUUGACAAAGCCACAAAAGGCAACCAGCCAGUUCUGGAUCAUCUUGGCUUCUGGGAGGAAGUCAGAAAGAUCAUCUCAGGAUCAGAGCUGAUAACGGGAUUCCCCUAUACCUUCACGGCGCCAGGCCUGCCCCAGUACCUCCAGAGCAUCACCAAACUAGCCAUUGCUGCAGUAUGGGCAGUGGCCGCCCAGGCUGGAGAGCAGACAAGGGAUGUUCCCAUCUCAUUCUCUCAACUAUUAGAGUCUCCCUUUCCUGAAGUGCGCCUGCUGACACUGGAAGCCCUAUUGGAAAAGUUUUCGGCAGCAGCCUCUGGAUUAGAAAUGAAAGAACUGCCAUCCUUGCUGUGGAAUAUGGGAGAGACGUUCUUGAUGUUGGCUAUGAAGGAAAAUCACCCAGAGUGCUUCUGCAAGAUACUGAAAAUUCUCCAUCGCAUGGACCCCAGUGAGUGGCUUCCCCACACGGAACGCUAUAUUCAUCUAACCCCAAAGGAGUUCUUGAACUGGACAAUGGAUAUUGCUUCCAAUGAAAGGUCUGAAAUUCAAAGUGUAGCUCUGAGACUUGCCUCCAGAGUCAUCGCCCACCACAUGGGGAUGUGUGACCAGACCAGGGACUCAGUAGCCCCUAAACUGAAGCAGUGGGUUCAGUUGGUCGUCUCAGCCUGUGGAGAUCACCUUCCCACAGAGUCCAGGCUGGCCGCUGCCGAAGUCCUCACCAGCACUGCACCAUUUUUCCUCACCAACCCCCAUCCCAUUCUUGGACUACAAGAUACACUUGCUCUCUGGAGGUGCGUCUUCACCCUCCUGCAGAGUGAGGAGCAAGCCAUCAGAGACACAGCCACGGAAACCGUAAUGACUGCCAUAUCACAAGAAAACACCUGCCACUCAACAGAAUUUGCCUUCUGUCAGGUGGAUGCCUCUAUUGCCCUGGAUCUGGCCCUGGCUGUGCUGUGUGACCUGCUCCAGCAAUGGGAUCAGCUGGCCCCUGGACUCCCAGUCCUGCUGGGAUGGCUAUUGGGAGAGGGUGAUGACCUCACGGUCUGUGUGGAAAGUGUGCAUCAGGUGGAAGAAGACUACCUGUUUGAAAAAGUAGAAGUCAACUUUUGGGCUGAGACCCUGAUCUUCGUAAAAUAUCUCUACAAGCACCUCUUCUGUCUCCUCUCCAAGUCCAGCUGGCAUCCCCUCAGCCCUGAGAGGCUCUGUCAUCUUCAAAGGACAACGUCAGAGCAGUGCCACCUCCUUUCUCAGCUCUUCAGAGAACUGCCACCAACUGCUGAGUUUUUGAAGACAGUGGAGUUCACAAGAUUGCGUAUUCAGGAGGAAAGGACUUUGGCUUGCCUGAGGCUGCUGGCCUUUCUGGAAGGAAAGGAAAAGGAAGACACCCUCGUCCUCAGUACUUCGGACUCUGUGGCAGAAGCAAAUCUGUUAACUCUUCCAGGAACAGAAACGGCUUGUUGAAGAAAGAAGAUUUGGGGGGUGGGGACAGGUUGGGGGUAGAUUAGUCCCCCACUAAACCUGCAGGAAAUGUGAACAUAAAUCAAAUAUUUUUCCCCUUCAUACCUCCCCCACUUCUGUGAGUCUAGUCCACCUACAGAGGAGUUUUUCUUCAGUUCACUCAUUCAAGGCAGCCUGGUUUAUUGCAGCUACUGUAGGAAGUGAGGCUACCAUGUUGAAUAUUUACUCUGUUCCCAGGUGCAGGCCACCUGCAGGCCUGAAUUAGCCUUUUUUGUCCCCCAGGACUUCUAAUGUCCAGCCAUAGCUGGCCUGCAUUUUCUAUGAAUUGACUACACAGAAUUGAGUUUUAACACAUGAUUCCCCAUCCCCCCCCCCACCUCUUUUUUUUUGGCUGGAUGUAAGAGCUGGAUUAGUUGGCAAACAGCCCACUUGGUCAGAAUUCCAAAUUUUAUUCCAGUUUAGCUAAAGCAGAAAUAUGUUCCAAAUGUUGGAUUCUGAGAUUAAGGAUCAACUUCAAAUAGUUUUGUUUUUAUUGUCUGCAUGUGAGUCCUGCAGUGACCUACACAUGCCAUCCUAAUUAUUAAAAGAGCCAUUGAGAGCUCUUACCGCCUCUUCCCCCCACCCCCAGAGUGUUUGUGCUAAUGCUAGGAUACCUGAUUUUGCCACCCAGUGAAAGCAUAGACUCUUGGCUCUUAAAAAAGGAACCUGGAGAAAGGAGAGCCAGAAUAAAUGAUUUAUUUGAUGCCUACACUGUUUACUAUCAUUUUCUAGGUGGCAAUAACAAGAAGUUUCUCGUUUAAGAUGCCAGAAAACACAUUUAUCCAUUUCAGUAAUUGAAUCUAGAAACCUUAAGGGUUUUCUGCCUUUCCAAGCCCAGCCCUCUUCCUCAGACACCCAGCAGGUGUCACUCUUGCACACAUUUUGCUUCUGGUCCUGUUUUUCAUUGGCUUGACAUUUUUAACUUGUAAUUUCAGGAUAAGUGUAACCCACAGAGAGUUAUCUUGAAAUUCAUAGCUUGGAUGGGUCGCAGCCUCAUCCACAUUCAUUUUUCAUCCUAGUUAUCUAAAAAGUCAUUUCAGUUAAUAGUAUGUAAACUUAGUCUGGCUUUUAGGGUUUAUAAACAUGUUUAAAUCUCAGGUGAGCUGUCACUUAGAAUUAUUUUAUUGAUGUUUGACGGUCUGAAGGGGCAGUUUAGAAGAGAGUUUGAUAUGAUCAUUUCCUACUGCAGAAAUGCUUACAUUUCUAAUAUAAUUUGUCUCUCUCUGAAAGAAUACCACCUAACACUAAAAACACAGCUAUAAUGGAAGUAUAGAGAAAGAGCUCUUUAGGAAGAGGCAGGGAGAAGAGUUAACUUAGUGUCCAAAGUUUUGUCCUAAAGAGAACAGGAAAUUCCCUGGGUAGUUUUGCAAUCAGCUCAAAAUAUGGUUUUUUUUUUUUUUUUUUUGUGAUCCUGAAUUAAUUACCUGGUUAGGCAUCUGUGUAGCCCACACUUGAUGGAAAGUUGCCAACCUAACAUUUCUUUUGUUCUUAGAAGACCUGGCUGGUGAGAAGUCAGGGAAUUGUUGGCAUAAUGUGAUAACCAUGGGAGAAUAAUUAUGAAACUGGCCCCAGUAAGCCCAGUUCAUUAGAAAAGGCCAGUGUUCCUUUUUCUCCAUUUAAAAUGAAAUAAAAGCAGUUACAUAAUAAAAAUAUUUUACACCAGCAGGUACUCCGUAUCAAAGCACAUUGGUACCUUAGCAUGUUUACAUAUUAUCUCCAGAAUCCUUCUACCAACCCUGCAAAGUGGGUAUUCUCAUAGCUGUUGACUAGGAAUUACCCCAGGAUUUUAUCUUGACUGGCUAUGGCCAGCCUGGGAGGGCAGAAAGGACAGAUGUGUCACUGGCUUUGUGUCUGAAAUCUUGUUGACCUUCCAGUAGCAGUGGCAAGGGAAAUGGCUGUCUCACACUUUCCUGAUACAUUACCAGGAAAACUGUAGAAUACCCUCUUGUCAUGGCCCCCCUCAGAAUUUUGUUUUUGGGCUCAUUUCUACAAAGAACAUAACAGUCAGGGUGCUUGAAGUGUCAGCCACAGAAGCUUAGCCCUGUGCAGGGACCAGGGUAGGCUGAGUAGUCAGAGUAAAGUAGUCACCUCUUCUGAGGUCACUGCCCUAGGGUCCACACUCUGCGGACGAAGAUUUGGUGUCCUUAGCUCUACAUUCACGAUUCUGUGGACCUGUACCCAUCUGGCCAUAGUCAAGAGACCUGGCUUUCUCCAUUUUUAUGCUUUGUCAAUUUGUCUUAAUAAAUAAGAUGGAUUAUA